UUGAUGCUCGGGUCAGUCGUUUGAACAAGAACGUGACAAAACCAACCACACUUACUUGCCCAUAAAUAUUUUAGAAACACUAGAAUUGUAGUGAAUACUUGAAUUGUGGUGACAAUAAAUAUAAAGGAUGAAUAUCACAGCUCAAAAAAAUAAUCUGUACAUUGAAAUAGUUGAACAACCGGCACCCAGAGCCGUGCGAUUUCGUUAUGAAAGUGAGGGACGACCGUCGGGAAAUUUAAUAGGGGUAAACAGUACUAAAGAAUGCACGACAUUUCCAAAAAUACGUGUAACUGGAUUGAGAGCAAUCGCCUACAUAGUAGUAUCUUGCGUGACAAAAGAUGAGCCUUAUCGUAUACAUCCCCACAGUCUAGUUAGUGGCGAGGCGAUGAACAAUUGCCAAAGGUUGUUCCCUGGUAUCAUUAGUGCACCAGUUGAGCCCCAUAAGCCCGAAGUCACUUUUUCCACUGUCAAACUUCAGUGUGUCCCAAAAGAAGAUGCAAAGCGAGCUCUCAUGACGAGAUUCACCUUCCCAUUGAAUCCAUUCCCCUGUUCAGGAUGGGAAGACUCCGACAUCAGUGCAAUUGAUUUUAAUUCAGUCAGAUUAUGUUUCCAAUUGGUUACUGAAAAUCCAAUAACAAAAAAACCUCAGGCGGUGUGCUCAGUGGUUUCAGAACCCAUUUAUGACAAGAAAAAAUUCAAUGUACUCGAGAUAUGUCGUCUAACUACGCAUACAGGCUCAGCGGCUGGAGGCACGGAACUUACAAUGCUUUGUAGGAAGGUAGCCAGGAGCGAUAUUCAAGUACGGUUCUUCGAGGAAAAGGAGGGGCGUGUUGUGUGGCAGGCAUUCGCUGAUCCCAAGUAUCUCUAUUUUUUCAAGCAGAUAUCAAUCAAACUUCGGACUCCUGCCUACCACAAUGUAAACGUCUCAGAACCAGUAUCAGUCUUCAUACAAUUAGUGAGACCAUCAGACGGUGAUAUGAGCGAGCCAGUGCCCUUUCAAUUUGAGCCCGCGCCUUGCAAUAAAAAAAAUUCGCCAAGAAAACAAAACGCUGCGGUGAUCAAUUUGCUCAAACGAAGCAAUUGCGAUUGUAUCCCACACCCCAUUUUGAACCCUGACUGUGAAAUUCACGGUAAAAAACAGGAGAAUCCCGUGACUAACAUAAUGAAUGAGAGGAUUACACCGCAAGAGAUCGAGAAGUACAGUGCACCUGAAAUGAAUGCUGCUCAAGUACAAAACUAUGCAAAUUUCAAUUCGAUGAGCAACUUGAAGAGUGAGAACUUCUACCGAAAGACAUUAAACAUCCCCACAUCUGAGAAAACGUUAGGACCCCCGCCGCCAGUGGAAUUUUCUACAUCAGCGCCAAGUAACGAAGAAGCUCCACGAGAGAUAAUAAUGAAGCCACUGAUCAAGUCUCUGAGGAAAAAUUUGAGCGACAAUGACCUUAUCAUGAGAGAAAUAAACUCUGAAGAAAUUGAAGAAGUGGAUUCCGACACUGUUUACGAUAAUUUACCAAUCUUUGAGCAAUUUUAGGAUACGAUUUGAUCGAAAGUGUAAAUAUUUACCCAAUAAAUGACUCGCCAUUUAAUGCACGAA